AUGGAAGGCAUCGUUCAGCUUCAUAAAGACGCACUAGUAAUAUCUGUCCUUGUCAAUAAAUUUAGAAUCAAACGUAUGCUAAUUGAUCUAGGUAGCUCAGCUAAUAUCAUCCGAUGGAGAGUUAUCGAGGAGCUGGGACUACUAGAUCAGAUCGUACCAGCAAUACGAGUCUGCAACAGAUUCAACAUGCCCUGCGAAACGACAAAGGGUGAGAUCUUACCGAUCAACAUGGCAGGAACUACGCAGCAGACCAAAUUUUAUGUGAUAGAGGGAGACAUGGGAUACAAUGCAUUGCUGGGAAGACCGUGGAUUCACCUCAUGAAAGCGGUCCCCUCAACUAUGCAUCAGGCGUUGAAAUUCCCGACCCCAGAGGGGAUCAAAACCAUUCAUGGUGAACAACAGGCCGCAAAGGAAAUGUUCGCGGUCGAAGAAUCUGUUAAGACUACAAAGAUACCAGAUUGGAACGAAGGGGAAAGUGCCAAAUAG